GAGAGAGAGAGAGAGAGAGAGAGAGAGAGAGCUAUUGGGCUCUUAUUACACGCGUUUAAAACCGUUAUUUAAAACGACUCAUUACUGGAAAGAGCAAGAAGGAAAGUGAAGAAAAGAGAGCAAAAGAAGACCGCCAACCGAUGUUUGACUUAAUUUGACAUGAGAGAGGAUAUCUGUUUCAUUUAUUUCUCUGGGAUGCGGAUUUCCCCUUCUUUUCUUGACAGCGUGCGUCUGCCCCGCAUCGCUCGUAUCACACGGAUAUAUACAGAGAACAAAUUAAGAUGAAGUGACCUUCGAAAGUAGUUUUUGACGGCGUACCGCUCGCUAGGGUUUUAUUUUUCCUCUAUUCGUGUUCAACAGCGUUGCACCGGGCACGAGGGAACGGCGGGAAUUGAUAGGGCACGCGCGCAGUGCUUAUAAAACAACAGCUGACCACUAAAGCUCACAUCAAGCCAAAUAAAACACUACCAGAAGAAAUAACGCCAUUGAUUUUGUUAUACAGAAAACGCGGGGGCAUAAAAACGACGAGCUUUAAAACAGGUCGGUUCAUACGGUGGGUUUAGGUGGCGAGUGGACUGGACUCUGAUGUGGAGUGCUGCUCCUGAGCUGAGUGCCCACUACUAGACCAGCAACUUCCUGCACCUCAGGAUGGAUUAGAGCUUCACGCCUCCGGAGAUCAAAGGUGGCUGUGUGAAGGGGGACCCCCAGGGCUGGACCCAUGAGGAGUCAAAGAAGAUGCUCGCAGCCUGGGCGCCUCUGCUCUUCUUAGCCAUGUGGGUGAGAAAUGCCACCAGUGGCCCGCUCUCAUUCAGAAUAGCUGCCAUUCUUGAUGACCCCAUGGAGUGUAGCCGCGGGGAGCGACUGGCCAUCACUCUGGCGAAAGACAGCAUCAACCGUUCCAGCAACCGCUCCACCACAGGGAAGCUGGAGGUGGACAUCUUUGAGCUGCUCCGAGACAGUGAAUACGAGACAGGGGAAACUAUGUGCCAGAUCAUGUCCAAGGGGGUUGUGGCGGUCCUGGGUCCUUCUGCCAGCCCAGCAUCCAACUCCAUCAUCAGUAAUAUCUGCGGUGAGAAAGAGGUGCCGUACGUGAAGGUGGCUCCAGAGGACAUACUGAAGGUGCAGUUUCCUCGCUUUACCACGCUGGACCUCAGGCCCACUAAUACAGACAUCAGCAUGGCUGUCGCUGGACUGCUAACGUUCUUCAACAGCAGCACAUCGUGUCUCAUAUGUGCUCAGGCCGAUUGCCUAUUAAACCUGGAGGUGUUACUGCGACAGUUUCUAAUCUCCAAGGAAACCCUUUCCGUUCGCAUGCUGGAUGACAGCCAGGAUCCCACCCCCCUUCUCAAGGAGAUCCGUGAUGACAAGACUGCCACCAUCAUAGUGGAUGCCAACGCCACCAUGUCUCACGUUAUUUUGGAAAGGGCCUCAGAGUUGGGGAUGCUGUCAGUGUACUACACCUACAUCCUGACUUCCUUGGAAUUUUCUCUGCUACGAUUGGACGAUUUAGCUGAUCAACGAGUCAACAUCGUCGGCUUUUCAGUCUUCAACAGGACACAUCCUUUCUUUCAGGACUUCGUCCUCAGCCUCAAUCGAUCCUGGCAGGAGAACUGUGAUCAUGCUCCUUUUGCAGGAACACCAAUUGGACAGUGGCAUUCAGAGCAAGGACUGUCCAUGGAGAGGAAGCUUCCAUCACUUAACGUGACAGACACGCUAUUCAACACCACUCUCACCAUAACUACCAUCCUGGAGAAUCCAUACGUAAUGCUGAGAGCCAAUCACCAGGAACUUGAAGGGAACGAGCGCUACGAAGGCUUCUGCGUGGACAUGUUAAAGGAGUUGGCAGAUAUCCUGAAGUUCAAGUACCGCAUUCGACUAGUUGGGGACGGUGUGUACGGCGUGUCGGGCGCCAAUGGCACGUGGACAGGCAUGGUGGGAGAGCUCAUCAGCAGGAAGGCUGACUUGGCUGUGGCCGCCCUGACCAUCACGGCCGAGAGGGAGAAGGUCAUUGAUUUCUCCAAACCCUUCAUGACUUUGGGGAUCAGCAUCAUGUACCGAGUGCACAUAGGAAGAAGACCGGGGUAUUUCUCCUUUUUGGAUCCGUUCUCUCCUGGGGUUUGGCUUUUCAUGUUGCUGGCAUACCUGGCGGUGAGCUGCGUGCUCUUUCUGGUGGCGAGGCUAACACCUUAUGAAUGGUACAACCCUCACCCCUGCCUGAAGGGGCGCUGUAGCCUGCUCAUUAACCAGUAUUCUCUGGGCAACAGUUUCUGGUUUCCUGUUGGUGGUUUCAUGCAGCAAGGCUCCACCAUCGCCCCCAGAGCCCUGUCCACACGCUGUGUCAGUGGAGUAUGGUGGGCCUUCACCUUGAUCAUCAUCUCUUCCUACACAGCCAACUUGGCGGCCUUUCUCACUGUGCAGAGGAUGGAGGUGCCCAUCGAAUCCGUGGAUGAUCUGGCUGACCAAACAGCCAUCCAAUACGGCACCAUGCACGGCGGGUCCACCAUGACCUUCUUCCAGAACUCCCGCUACCAGACGUACCAGCGCAUGUGGAACUUCAUGUACUCCAAACAGCCCAGCGUGUUUGUGAAGAGCACUGAGGAGGGCAUCGCCCGAGUGCUCAACUCUAAUUAUGCGUACCUGCUGGAGAGCACCAUGAACGAGUACUACCGCCAGCGCAACUGCAAUCUCACCCAGAUCGGAGGCCUGUUGGACACCAAGGGCUAUGGCAUUGGCAUGCCUCUGGGCUCGGUCUACAGAGAUGAGUUUGACCUGGCCAUACUCAAACUACAGGAGGAAAACCGCUUAGAAAUCCUGAAGAGGAAAUGGUGGGAUGGUGGCAAGUGUCCAAAAGAGGAGGAUCAUCGAGCGAAAGGUCUUGGCAUGGAGAACAUCGGUGGGAUCUUCGUGGUGCUUGUGUGUGGUCUUCUGGUGGCCAUCUUCAUGGCUGUGUUGGAGUUUGUGUGGAUGCUGCGUCAUACGCCAGCAACAGAGCUGUCCGUGUGCGAGGAGAUGCUACGAGAGCUGCAGGGCAUCGUGCUGUGUCAGGACAGCCUGCAGUUACGGCGCAGGCGCGGAGCCAGCGUGUUGCGACCGCAGCCUCUGCCCCUGGACGAGCGACGGGCGCGGGCGGCGGCGGCGAGCCUCAGCAACGGCAAGCUGUGCACAGGCACAGGCCUAUCCGAACCCCUCUCCCACAGACUCGCGCAGGAGGCCGCCUUGGUGGCGAGAGGGUGCAGUCACAUUCGCAUCUGCCCGGAGUGCCGGCGCUUCCAGGGCAUUCGAGUGCGCCCGGCCGGCCCUCCAGGAGCAUCGCCCAGCCACAGCGAGGAGAGUAUAGAGUGGGAGAACGGCACCAACAACAGUGAACACGAAUAACCUCUCAGAUCUGUGGCGGAUAGAUGUUAAACGACAGCUUUGCUGGACCCAGGGAUUAUGGGAGCAUAGGCGCCGGAGAAGCUGUCCGUGCUGCUCAAUUCAGCCCAGGAGCUGCAUCUGGUUUCUGUACACUGUCCUUACAGCCCUCUGCUUUCGGAGGACACAGCAGAGGGGCUUUGUACUAUGCAGUAUAUUUGUCUUACUGUGCUGUUGAUUUAUUUUUAAAUUAUUCCUCUUUUGUUGUGAUACCACUAUAUUGCUAUUAUCUCCUUCUCACAACACCAGUUUAGUUUGGUUUUUCACACCGCGGACGGCUGCAGACUGUGUCAAACCACGCGCAACCUUUUUUAGAGUGCCAAAAUACUUUGUAUUGAUUCUGUGUUGUUGCCGUCUCAUUCCGGCCCCUGAAGGAGUAACUAUUAAGAGAACUGAACUCAAAAACAACUAUGAUCUAUGAUUUUUAUUAAUAGUCAUAUUCUAUUAAAAAGGUUUUUGGGAUGUUUCUGAAUGUUUGACGUGCAUGUACGAGGGAUUUAGAUGCUACUGAAUGAAGAAGAACAUGGGAAUUAUAUUUUUUCUGGUUGAAGACACACGUUCUGUAUUUUGCUUUUCAUUCUUUUAAGUUUUGAUUCAUUUUAUUGCACUCCCCGGAUAUGAAAAUUGCACAUAAUUGUUGGAAAGUGGAAGAUUAUGCUCCCAUUUAGAAAAUUUGCAUUGGGAAACUAACUAGAAUUUAUGCCAAUUUCCAUUCACCCUUAUUUUUGCCAUUCCUGCGGGGCGCCUGGAGGUGUCCGACGUGUUCACUUUCUAAAAAACAUCAGGAAAGUGAGAUCUGAGGUGAUUGCAUUCAUCUGUACCACUCAAUACAUGAUGAAAUCAACUACAGAUAGGGUCACUCCAUCUAGACACACCUGUGUGAUGAGACAUUGGAGAUCAUAGGCCUAUAUACAUUCAGGUAUUUCUUUAUAUUACAUAACAUCUCAUGUUUCAUGUUUAUUAUCUUGUUUGAAACCAUGAAACGUUCAUUAGUUCAUGUGACCUCUUGGAUUCAUACUUCUGUUGAACACCCUUUUAAAACUGGAAUCAGUUUUUCAAUGCACCACAGCUGAAGCAGAAUUUGGAUACCAAAAUUUAAAUAUUUUAUUAGGCAUGAUGUUACCCUCAACUUGCAGUGCCAAAUUGUAAUAAAUUCCCUUCACGUUUUGGAGAGCCAUUAGAGGUUACUAACUACCCAUGUUGAUUAUUUCUGUGCAUUUCUAUUGAACUGAAUCCAUUUCUACAUGAUAUUUCAAUACGGUGUUAGUGCCUGACAAAAAUAAAUGGCAUUGUGUUCAA